AUGAAUAGAUGCAUAACAUUUUCAUUGGAUGGAAGUUCCUAUAUCUGUGACAAACAUCUUUGUAAAACAGAUGACAUCGACAAAUCUAUGGAUUUUCUAAUGGAUAUUUUCGAUAAACGAACUUCUGACAAAUUGAAAGGUAUAAAGUUACCGGAAAAUUUGAUUACUUGUCUUGAAGUUGAAUUCGAAGAAUUAUCGAUGUCGAUUGAUCUUAAAGAUCGACAAGAUGUUCAAAUCUAUCUUUCAGGUAUGGAUUUCAAAAAUUUGAGUAAAGUACAAAUUUGGUUUUUUUUUAAGCUUUCUAG